AUGAUUCAGAUGAUGCUCCCCCAGCGGCGAAGGCCUACGGCAUCGGCACGUAGGCAACAGGAAGUUGCCCCUGUUGCCAAGGAUGACCCUGUGGUACCUGCAGACAUACAUGCACCUAGUGUCGAGGAUGACCCUGUUGUAGCUGCAGAUGUACAUGCAGCUGGUGUAGACGCUGCUAAUGAUGCUGAGGGAUUUCCAGGUGAGCCGCGUGACCCAUCAGUGCUUAUCGAGUAUGCUGACCAUGUUGCAGUCAGCGUAUGGAACGAAGAGAAAUUAGGUAGGCCUGCUCCUGAAAUUGAAGGGCUAAUUACUGCCACAGGACUAAGUCCUUUGAUUGCGUUUUCAGUAGAUACUGGCGAUCGGGGACUUAUAUCCUCGUUCGUGGAGAGGUGGCACAGGGAGACUAGCAGUUUCCAUCUUCUCAUGGGGAAGUUUAGCAUCACCCUGGAUGAUGUGAUGUCUCUGCUUCAUCUUCCCAUUAUUGGCACCUUCCAUACCUUCGAGCCUCUGCACAUCAACGAGGCGGUGUUGAUGUUGGUUGAGUUACUAGAAGUCUCCAGAGAGGCAGCUAGGGCUGAGACAGCAUAUUGUCAUGGACCAUACAGUGCAACCCAUGUUCAUGUUGUCUUCUUAGACGCUUUGCGUGACUUGAGUCAGAGUGGGAGCUAUGCAUGGGGAGCAGCUGCAUUGGUGCAUAUGUACGAUCAUUUGAAUGAUGCUUGUAGGAGCAGCAUCCGACAGCUUGCUGGUUACAUCACUCUCUUACAGCACUUUUCGUCAGUUGCGAAGUGUAUGGCUGAUCCGGACUAUGAUGAGGUGUCACCACAUGCAUGUCGAUGGAUUACUAUGAAGGCGAUUGUGAAGUCCAUAUUUACAGCAACGUACAGGCAGCAUCUUGAUCGACUCAGGAUUCCUGAUGUCCGUUGGAUGCCUUAUGGGGAGCACCGACCCUUUUGA